CAAGGACUCCCGGGAAUUGUCGUUUUAUUUGCGGCUCUCCGGGUAUCAAUAGACAAGAAACAGUCCGGUCAAACUACAACUCCCGUGAUGCAGCACGUGGGGACGUCGGAGCGACAGCAGUUUUCGGAAAGAGGGAGACUUCGGGGAGACGGCGGCUACCGGCGACCCAGCGCAAAGCCUGUCCUAGUUCAAACCUUUUGUUUGUUUAACAAACUUUAGCUUUAGCAUUAAAUUCCGAUCGGAUUUGCGCUCAGUAUGGGAGAUGACACCGAGGAGGGGAGCUGUACUGUAAAACACGAAUUGACACAUGCUAACCUCACUGGACACAGAGAAAGAGUGGGAUUAGAAAACUUUGAGCUACUGAAGGUUCUGGGAACAGGAGCAUAUGGGAAAGUUUUCCUCGUCAGGAAAAUUAGCGGCCAUGAUACAAACAAGCUCUAUGCAAUGAAGGUACUCAAGAAGGCUUCAAUUGUACAAAAAGCUAAAACCACUGAACACAUCAAGACAGAACGGCAGGUGUUAGAACACAUCCGUCAGUCUCCUUUUCUGGUCACAUUGCACUAUGCCUUCCAGACGGAUACCAAGCUUCAUCUUAUUCUAGACUAUGUGAAUGGUGGUGAAUUGUUUACACAUCUUUACCAACGAGAGCACUUUACAGAAGAGGAGGUUCAAAUUUAUACAGGGGAGAUUGUAUUAGCUCUGGAGCACCUCCAUAAGCUUGGCAUCAUAUAUCGAGAUAUCAAGCUUGAAAACAUUUUAUUGGAUGGUGAUGGUCAUAUUGUUUUAACAGACUUUGGACUCAGCAAGGAAUUUGCCAUGGAUAAGAAUGAAAAGGCAUAUUCAUUCUGUGGUACCAUUGAAUACAUGGCACCAGAGAUUAUUCAAGGAGGAAGUUGUGGACAUGACAAGGCAGUUGAUUGGUGGAGUCUUGGAGUCCUUGUGUAUGAACUAUUAACUGGAGCAUCUCCUUUCACUGUGGAUGGCGCAAAAAAUUCUCAAUCGGAAAUCUCAAGGCGAAUCUUAAAAAACGAUCCAGCAUUCUCUGUAGAGAUUGGGCCCACUGCCAAGAAUUUAAUACAGAAACUUCUGGUGAAAGAUCCCAAACAAAGGCUUGGUUCAGGGGUAACAGGAGCGGAAGAGAUAAAAUCGCAUGCCUUUUUCCAGGGGUUAAACUGGACAGAUUUAGCAACCAAGGCAAUCAAACCUCCAAUCAAACCAAUCAUUCAAAAUGAACUUGAUGUUAGCAACUUUGCGGAGGAGUUUACGAGAAUGGAUCCAGCCUAUUCUCCUGCUGCCAUUCCUCAACAUACUGAUCUCUUUAAGGGUUACUCAUUUGUGGCACCUUCAAUACUCUUUAAUCGGAAUGCUAUAAUGAAUAAUACCUGCAUCUACGAUCUACAGAUGAAUACAGAAAGGCCAGGCGACAGUACGGUUGCACUCAGUGCUAUGACAAAGGAUUCUAUGUUUUACCAAAACUAUGAAAUGAACCUGAAAGAGAAACCACUUGGUGAAGGAAGCUAUUCUGUUUGUAGGAAAUGCCGGCAUAAGAGGACUGGACAGGAAUACUGUGUGAAGAUCAUCAGCAGACGAAUGGAACUCUGUACACAAAGGGAGACUGCAGCAUUGAAGCACUUGGGAGCCCAUCCCAACAUUGUUAAACUGUAUGAAGUUUACCAUGACCAGUUGCACACAUACUUGGUUAUGGAGUUGUUGAAAGGAGGUGAGCUAUUGGAACGCAUUAAAAAAGGGAAGCACUUUAGUGAAUCUGAAGCCAGCAGAAUUAUGAGCAUGCUCGUGUCUGCAGUUCGUUUUAUGCAUCACUGUGGAAUUGUGCACAGAGAUUUAAAACCAGAGAAUAUUUUGUUUGCUGACCAGAAUGUUGAUGCACCAAUCAAGAUAGUAGACUUUGGGUUUGCAAGAGUUAAGCCUUGUGACAACCAGCCAUUGAGGACACCAUGCUUCACUUUACAAUAUGCAGCACCUGAGAUUUUCAAGCAAAAUGGAUAUGAUGAGUCUUGCGACCUAUGGAGCCUAGGAGUAAUACUUUAUACAAUGCUAUCAGGACAGAAUCCAUUCCUAAGUAUGCAGAGAACAUUAAGUACUGAUGAAAUCACAAAACCAGUAAAUAUUGAUGAAAUCACAAGGCACUUUACACUCACGGGAGAAACCUGGAGCAGUGUCUCACAAGAAGCUAAGGAACUCAUACAAGGCUUAUUGACUGUUGAUCCAGAUUCUCGUCUGAAGUUAAAUAGCUCCAGUUUCAACAACUGGUUUCAAAAAAGCUACUGCUGGUCCACCAAUCCUUUGACAUCUCCAAAUAUUCUUGAAUGUUCUUCCAACAGCUAUUUCAAGGCCUUUAAUAAGAGCAAGAGGGAAGGUUUUUUCCUUCAAAGUGUUGAAAAUGCUCAUUUGGCAAAAAGGCGAAAGAUGAAGAAAAGUAGUGCAAGUACAGAGACUCGGAGUAGUUCUAGUGAAAGUUCCAUUUCUUCCUCAUCCCAGUCUCUUGGAAGAACAUCUCCAACAAGCAUUGUUCAAGUUCCUUUACCAGCAAAAAAAUCAGAGUGUUUCUUCCAGUUUUCUGAAGCAUUAAGUAGCAGUUUCAAAGGUACUUCUGUCUAGCUAAUGUAGUAACAGUUUUCAAAUAUUUAUUCCUUUUCAAGAUUGAUUGACAGUUGCAUGUUUAGCCACCUUGAUUCCGAAUUGUAUACUUUCCUGCUUAACUCUCUACUCCUCCCACCCCUCCUUCUCUUUCAAUGCUUGCACCUCCCUUUUCCCUCACUCUCUCACAACCCAUUUGCACUAUGUUUUCCCUUGUGCCUCUGUGCAGCACCUUGGGAUUUUUUUCUACAUCAAAAGUGAUGAAUAGGUGCACGCUGUAUGUAGCUAUUUUUAAUUAGUUUUAUAAAGGGAUUAAGAAAUUUAUUGAAGAUUUCAUUCAUAAACUUGUUUUGAGAACAUGAUAAAGCAUUCUGGUAUCUUCUUCACUGAGAAUAAUGCUUCUUUCUUGCUUUAAAAAGAACAACUUUAAGUAUGCAAAUAUGAAUAAACGCAAAUUGCUAAUUGUCUAACAAAGAGUUUAAUGGUGAAAAAGGUGGUGGAUUAUUUAUUGUGUUUCAAUUGUGAAGCUUAAUCAUUACAUUUGUGUCACUGGGAUGCCUCAUUUGCUUGGAUGCAGUGGUAAUCUUACAUUUUGCCAUUAGUAGGAAAUUUUGAUGCCUGGCCUAUAAAAAGAAGUCAAGUCAUUAUAUAGGACAUUUUCCUCACAUAUUAUGACUUGCUGUGAGAUAUGAAAGAGAGUGGGAACGCUAAUUUAACAGGUGGGUGGUGGGAGAUAAUGAAGAUAGGAUUGUGGUGUGCAGAUAGAGACCAGGUAGUAGUUGUGGGGAGAUGGGAUACGAUAUUAGUGAAAUGUGUGAGCAUCUGAAUCUGUCUGAUACAUUUUAGCUUUCUUUCAAAUUAAGAGGAUCAAUAUGUUGUUUCAAAGGCUCCUGCUUUAAAAGCCAGACAUGUCAAAACAUUACAGGCCAAUCAUAGAGAAAUAUAUCUGCCAAUGACCUUGUGGGAGAGCUCAGGAGUUCAACCAUGACAUUAUUGAAUGAUAAAGCAAGUUGGAGGGUUUUAUGGUCCGUUCCUCCUAUUUCCCAUGUUUGUUCUUAUAUCGGAAAACACGGAUUGAGUCAUGUAGCUGGAACAGGAGACAGGGAUUGUGUGUUAUGUCAGAGUUAUUUUGAAUUUAAGAAAAUAGGAUAUAGGUUGAGGCCGAUGGGCGGGGGUGUGUGCAUUCAUUGCAGUAUCGGCUGCGAAUACAACUGUUUUGGAAUGAUCUUUGGAAUAAUGUGGACAGUCUAAAGCCGUAAUUUGAGUGAAUAUUUGAUGUUGUUUUGUAUGGAAACAAUGCUGGUAAUUGACUUGGUGGUGCAUGCACAAUCGAGAUUAACCUAAUAAAUGUCAUAAAUAUAUAAAACUGAAAUUUGAGAAUUCAGAUCGGAGCACACACAAAAAGUGGCUUUAUAUGGCCUCCUAAAAGCCAGAAAAUUGGAAUCAUGCUCUUAAGCCCAGGAGAAUGCAGCUGUUUUGAGGCAGGAAGUAAGAAAAUGAUCAGAGCUUUGAGCAAAAGGUACUGCACAGAUUUGCAACAGGAGAUAAAUGAUGUUAUGAAAAAGCUGACAGAUUUUUUGUGUGUUUUUCCAUUUUAACAUACUUAGAGUAUAAGUUGUAUUUUCAAGAUUUUUUACUUUGUGAUUCAGGCAACUAUGUAGCUGAUGAAGGAAUUGACUCAUCUUUGUUUCAGUGAUAUCAUUGUUCUGCUUACAGUGAUACUCGGUUCAAAGAUCGUAGUUUCGCGCAAAAAAAAGAAAAAUGUUAUUCCUCAUUUUUUCCUGCCUAUUCAUUUUCCAGUGGUGUAUUGUAUUAUUUUUGAUUUAUUCACAUUUACUUGAUUAGUAAUUUAUAAGAUGAGUGAUUAUUUGACCCAAUUACAUUUAUUCCUUAAAUAUGUGUGAUGCUUAGAAGUGUAAUGCCUCUUAGACCACACUUCCAUUUCUGAAACCUUUGACCCCUGGCUAUUUUUUUCCUCUGUAAUCCAUCUUAGACUUCUCCUUUGUGUCUUCCAUCUCACCUUCAAUAGCGUUGGACUUCUCACAAAGAUUGAUACCUUUUGAUCAGUUGUCUGUUUUCAAUAGGCAAAAAUUUUUAUAAGCUUGACCUUCUCUGGUCUUUCCUCCUACUUCUGAGCAGGGCCUCUCUGAUCUCACCCCAUCCAUGUGACCCCAGCUUGCUCCCUUGACCUUUCUCCCUCUAAACACUUGUUAGCUGAGAUUAAUUGUUUUCUCCUCAGGUACUUUCCCCUAAAACUGCCAUCCUUUUCUCUCCUCCAAAAGACCUACCUUUGACCCUUAUAUCAUUGCAAAUUACUUUACAAACCUAACUUACAUUUUUUUCCUGAGGUCCUAGGUUGUGCUGUCACCACUGAAAUCUGUGCUCAUCUUUCCCAGUAUUUCAUGUUUGAACCCCUCCAGUCAGGUUUUGCCCCUAUCACAGUGCCAUGACAUCUUAUGUUAACUUGGCCAUGGUAUAGUAUCUCUGCAGCCUUCAAUGUGGUUGACCAUACUACCUUCCUAAGUCACCACCCCAGCGUUAUGUAACUGGGUGGACUGCCCAAGCUGGUUUCCAGUCUUGUCUAUCCAGCUGUAGCUAGAGUAUCACUUGCAAUGGCUUCUCUUCCUAUUUCCACAUAAUUACCCAUAAGGAUCACAAAUCUGCAUGAUCACUAAAACAACCUCGUCUAACUUAGCCCCUUCCACAGUUCAUCUACUGCUGAAACCUUCACCCAUGCCAUUAUAACUAUUCCACUACACUUCUUAAAAGCCUCCUACCUUCUACCCUUCACAACCUGAAUGCCUCUGUCCCAGCUCACACCAAGCCCUGUUCACCCAUCAUCCCUGUACUUGUUGCCCUUCACUGGUUCAUGGGUAUACAAUGCCUCAAUUUCAAAAUUCUAAAUCUGACUUUCAAGUCUCUUGCUUUCACUGCAACCUACAUUUCUAAACCCUUCCAAAAUAUCUGCCCUUAAGCAAAUCUUGAUUAUUCCUGACUAUUUUUGCUCCACCCUUAGUAACCAUAUAUUCAACUUCAGUUGCCUUAAGCUUUGGAUUUCCCUCCCUAAACCUCUGCUUCUUUCCACCUUUCAACUUUUCUCAUAUAAGAUACUUGUUAAAACCUAACAAUUUCAUCAAGCCUGUGGUCAUCAGUUCCAAUGAUUCCGAUUUCCUAAUUUAGCUGAGCUUCAAAUUUUGAUGAUGAUAUUCCUGCACAGCACUUUGGGAUCUUCUAAUACUUUAAAGGCACUGUAUAAAUAUGUUGUUGUGUUCAAAGAGCUAAUGCUAUGGACAUGCACUAGACACAAACAUUUAAUUAUAUAAAUAGUGAAAUUUAAAUAUGCAAGACAAAAUAGUUUUUCAGUAUAAGAUAUCAAAAUAGAGCAAUAAUGUAUUUUUUAAUAUGAACUGUUAUAUAUUGUAUUUCAAAUACAUUUUAAAACUUCAUUGUGUAAUAAAUAUUUUCCUGAAUUAUUAUUAUAUUCAUUACAGAGGGAACUAUUUCCAUUACCCUGAAUGUGUACAAGUUAUGUGAAAGGCAGUUUUUUUAAUAAGAAAUUAUUACACAGAUCUCAGAAAUGAGGAAACUAUUUAUAUCAAUAUCUUUAACCAAUUGUAAAAGAUAAUUUGGGAUUAUUCUCCUAAAUAAUUCUAGCUGGUCUAGGAAAAGAACUGUGUUGAUUACAAACUUAUAAUUUAUGUGCUUGUCACUGUUAUUUGUAGUUAAUUGUAUUGUUGCUUUGUGUAAACGAAUAUGAUACUAUCUUCCUGAUGAAACUUCUCUCAUUACAAUACUUAUUGAUUUUCAAAUUGUUUAAUUCCUUUUUACCCAGCAAAAACUGAAUGAUAAAUUUAUUUAGCUGUA